CGUUCGCCAACGUCACAACUCCAGGAAGGCGUUUCCUUCUCUUCUGAUAUAAACACUCAUGUUCGUGUCAGUCUCUGGUACAAACCUUACUACGCAUCUUUGAAAGACUGGUUCAAGAGACACGAUGGAGUGCUGCUGUGGACUGCUAACUGCUGAGAAACAACCAGUUCCUUUAAAGGGCAUUGAAGUAGAGCUGGAGGUGAAGGACCACGUGGCCACAGUGGUGUCCACUCUGCACUAUGAGAACAAGGAGGACAAAGCCAUAGAAGCUGUUUUUGUUUUCCCUCUGCCCGGAGAUGCUGCUGUCUGCCAUUUCAGCGCUAAGGUCGGACAGACUGAGAUUGUGGCCGAGGUGAAGGAGAAACAGAAGGCCCGCGAUGAGUACGACGACGCUUUGAGCUCAGGGCAGCAGGCCUUCCUCCUGGAAGAGAGUGAGCAGAGCUCGGAUAUCUUCUCUCUCAGUGUGGGCAGUCUUCCUCCAGGAGAGAGCGCCUCCAUCAGGCUGGAGUACAUCAUUGAGCUGGCUGUACAGGCGGAUGACGCGCUGAGGUUUUGUUUGCCUGCGGUGCUCAACCCUCGCUACCAACCUCAGGGGAGUGAAGGUGGCGGCGUCCAGGUGACCUCUGUCCCCGCCUCUCAGGUGCCCUACAGUCUGUCUUUCUCUGCUCGGGUGUCUUCUCCUCGUCAGGUCUCCAAAAUCGACUCCAACUGUUCCUUGGAGCCUUUGCAGUACCUCAACGCUGAGCAAAGCCAGGCUGUCGUGAAACUGGCUGCAGGACACAAGUUUGACAGGGAUGUUGAGCUGCUGAUUUACUACAAGGAUGCCCACCAGCCGGCUGCUGUGGUUGAGGCAGGUCAGGCGCCUGCCAAGCCUGGCACACUGAUGGGAGAUGCGGUCGUGAUGCUGAGUGUGUACCCGGAGUUCCCUCAGGCAGUGAUGUCUUCACUGGCCUCAAGUGGAGAAUUUGUGUUCUUACUAGAUCGAUCUGGAAGUAUGGAUUGUCUUAUCAACAACAUCAAGAAGAGUGAGACUCGCAUCAGCAGUGCCAGGGAUACUCUUCUGCUGCUUCUGAAGAGCUUACCAAUGGGCUGCUACUUCAACAUCUACAGUUUUGGAUCUCGCUUUGAACACAUCUUCCCUACAAGUGUGGAAUACAGUGAGAAGACCAUGGAAGAGGCUCUGAAGAAAGUCAAUGAGUUUCAAGCUAACCUGGGAGGAACAGCGAUCUUUCAGCCACUCAAACACAUUUACAACCAACCCUGCAUUCCCAGUCAACCAAGACAAGUUUUUGUGUUCACUGAUGGCGAGGUUGGAAACACCAAAGAGAUUUUGAACCUGGUGAAGAAGAAUUCCACUUCCCACAGGUGUUUCUCUUUUGGGAUCGGCGAAGGUGCCAGCACUGCUCUCAUCGAUGGAUUGGCUAAGGAGGGAGGAGGUCACGCUCAGUUCAUCACAGGAGCCGACAGAAUGCAAGCAAAAGUGAUGCAAUCGCUGCAAUUUGCUUUGCAACCAACAGUGAAGGACAUUUUGGUCAAGUGGGAUCUGCCAAAGGGAGUGUCUGUCACUGUCUUGUCUCCACCUCUCACAUCAAUUUUCCAGGGUCAAAGGUCCCUCAUUUAUGUUCAGCUCACUGGACAGAGUUCCGAGGCAACAGAUGGCUGUGUAAGUGUCGAGUACAGCCUAGCAGGUCAUCCGUACCAGAACCAGCUCCACUUCGCUCUACAACCCACAGAGGAAACUGGCAGAUUAACCAUCCAUAGACUGUGUGCUCGGACUCUGAUUCGCUGCUUGGAGACAAAGGAGACCGAACGCGGUGGACAGCAGGAUGAGACAGUGAAGGUCCAGGUGGUGGACGUCAGCGUCCAAUCAGGAGUGAGCAGCUCCUUCACCGCCUUUGUUGCAAUCAACAAAGCAAGCAAAGAAGCCGUUCAAGGACCUCUGCUGCGCAGAAAUAUUCCAACACCUUCCAUUAACUACAAGGCAUAUUAUAGAAGCAGGCCGCAGCAGAUUGGUGGCGCGAUGUGUCGGCAGCAGAUUGGUGGCGCGAUGUGUCGGCCUAUGCCUACAUCCUUUGCUUGUCGUCUGAUGGAAGGUGCAAAAAAAAAAUCUAAAGGAAGUAUACCUAUGAUUAAGAUGCGAAGCCCGACGCUACCUGCUGCUUCUUAUUGUGAUUCCAUUCAGAUGACAAUGGAAAAUGCAGACCAAAAAUUUGAAGGAGGAAUUUUUCAUUCACUUAAAAUGAGGAUGCGAGGCUCUAAGAAGAAAUCUGCACCAAGCACGAGGAAAUCUGCGGAUUCUUGUGUUGAAAAAACUUUAGCCAGCUCGUCGCCUACAGACCCUUGGCUGCAGUUGGUUUCCCUCCAGAAGGCGUCGGGCAGCUGGGAGCUCAAACCCACUCUGGCUGCUGUGCUAGGAAAGACCAGCAAGGAGGUGGAGAAGUUGAAGCCUGCAUCGGCGAAUGAGAACGUGUGGGCCACCAUUCUGGCUCUGGUCUGGCUUCAUGGCUUCAAGUCAGAUGCUGAGGUCGAAUGGAAGCUUCUGGCUAGGAAGGCUGCGUCAUGGCUCCUUUCUCUGAAUGCACCUUCUGUGACAGACUGUGUUGUGGCUGCAAACACUCUGUUGGGCUGCAACGUACAGAAAGAUACACUGGGCCUGUGAGGUGUCCAAUACAAAGAAACUUUGUCAACAUUGCACUAUUUUCAUCCAAUCUGCUUUUCUUGUCUGCAUUCCUCUUUGAUAAGUUACUCAUGGGUCAAUGUCAUGUUUUCUUACACAGAUCAACUAAAAGUGGCAAACCUGAAACCUAUAGAACCAUAAACAACAUUAUAGGGAGUGCAUACAGCUACACAAAGGCCAUACACACAAUUAAUUGUGUUGUCUUGAGUGAUUUUAUGCUAAAACUAUGAUUCUAAAUCCAGUCCCUUUUAUUAUUCUAAUAUUUCAUUCUCAAAUAAUUACUAAACGACACAAUAAAGAUUUCAAGUGGAAUAUUUCAUUUUUUGUGAGUUGAGAUGUGUGUGUCCUUAAUUUGUGUGUUUUUCAGCAGUGUAGUUUGGCAAUAACCGCUUUAGUCUCAAAUGAGUGCCGAGUUAAAAAACAUAGGCAUUAACAUCUGCGGUUGUGGGUAACCUGCUGAUGUGUUUUUUAUCAACACACAUUAAUUCAUGUGGGGUUAAUUUAAAAAAAAUAAGAGCGUAGUGUUGUCUAUAUUGGACUCAUCUCUUUUGUAUUUAUGAUGACUGUAGUUUGCGUCUUACUGUUAUCACAAUAUCGGUUCUGUUGCGACUAUGUUGUGCAAUGUACUUGUUCAGAAAUGACCAUGUGGUCGAAGAAAGCUACGUGCUGCUUCCCACAUUCCCAUGCACUGCUAAUCCUUAUUAAAGUUUUAAAAAAUGACA